AUGGGCGGUCGACGGACGACGGUCGCUCGAAGGAGGUCACUCAGGCUCGCGGUCAACAAACUGUGGAUGGCCCGGAGAAGGUGCGGCGACGACGAAAAGGCCAUGAAGCUUAGAAGCAUUCCUCCACUAGCCUCCUGUUCCAUCUUCUGCCUGAAUCCUCCAAAAGCGGGGUGCGAAGAACAGUGGUGGCGGUGGUGCGCGGCGUGCCGGAACGGCGUCGUGCGCACGGGAUUGCAUUGCUGGGAGUGUGCGAGUGCGCCUGGCGGCAUACGGCUGCGAGCAGUUGCUUGCGACUGGCGCGGGUGGCUUCCGACGGCGGCGGCAAUUUUCGGCGGCUGUCGACGGCAGCAGACGGCAGUAGAUAUGGCUGGAAUUUAG